GUAGAGUAUGUGUUCCAGUAACUUGUGGUAAUUUUAAUUCAUUAGAUGUUUCAACAGUCAUAGUGUUGAUUCAAGAAAUAGAUCAAUCAUAUCAUGAAAAAGCUUCAUUAAACCCUCAUAUAAAAUAUUUUGAUAAUUUUGUUCAAAAUACACUGAAAGAAACCAGAGCUAAACGAAGAGAAAAUGAGAGUUUAAAAUUUUAUGUUUUAAUAUAG